AAUGCCCGCUCUGCCAACCAUCAGAUCGUUCGCGAAUGGCGGACGAUGGUCAGAGAACGUGCCGAUUGGGAGGGUUACCGCGAGCGUACUCUGAAGCGAAUUGCGGAGUUUGAGAAGUCGAAAGCUGCGCUCGACGAAGAAAGAGCCAAGUUUGAGGCUGACAAGAAGGCAGAGGAGUGGGGCCGCGAGGGGCUGCAGAAAAAACUCCACAAUGCUGAGGAGCAACUGGCCAAGGAGAAGGCCGAGUUCAAGCGUAUAUGCGCCCAAGACAACGAGCGUACUUAUGCUCUACGACAGAAGAUCGUUGGUCUUGAGGCUACAGUUGCGGACUUGACCUCAAAGGUGGAGGAAGCGCAGGGUGAAAAAACUGCCAAGCAGCAGAUGGAGGUUGAGCUGACUGAAGCCAAGGUGCAAUUGUCUAACAAGGACAAGGAUCUCCAUGCCAAGGACGUUGAGAUAGCGGAACUCAAGCGUCGCUUGAAUGAGCAAAUCGACAGAUGCGAGUCCUUGGAGAUUGACCUUGAGGCUGAGAAGGUCAAGGCUGCUGAUGCGGAGGAGGCGCGUGCUGUGAGUACUGCCGCGCUGAAUGUGGCUCAAACCAACUACUCUGAGGCUCAAGGUAUCGUCGAUACACUUGUCUCAGAAGCGGAGUGGAUGCGCACUCGUGGAGUAGUGAUGGUUGCCAACUCCAUCUUGAAUGCGAACGAGCUAGAUCGCGCUGUGGCGGCUUUGACAGAUGCGGCGCGUGCGGUGGGUCACCGAGGAGGUUACCUGGAGUGUGCUGAUCAUGUUGAGCAAAUGCUUGGGCAAGAAUUUGACACAAGCCACUGCUCAGUAACAGAUCGUGCCGACGCUGCGCUGGCAAGUGCUGAAAAUUCCUAUGACAACCUCUCCUUGCCUAUCAUGGAGUUAGUUGUCGAAUCGUUAAAGAAAGACGACUGGUGCCAGCGUCUUAAGGCAAUCCUCGAUCCACCAGUGACCGUCGAGGUGUCUGACGAAGAGCCUACUGGUGACGACGGUGAUGAUGGCAAUGAUGAUGAUGGUGAAGACGACGGAGAUGAUGGUGAUGAUGGUCGCGAAGGAUAGGAUAGUUUGUUUAGUAGGUAGUGGAUAGGCAUUUGUGCCUUUGUAAUUUCUUUGAAAAAUCUUAUGUAUGAUGCUGCGCGGUUGCGCAAGUUGUUAAUGAAACACUUUGUUUUUUCCGUUGCAAUUCUUGCAUUGUUAUAAAAACUUAUGCUAAAUUAGUUCGAAUAAAUG